AUGAUGCCUGCUGCUACAAACCCCAAUUCCCGCUCGCCCUCUCCCACACCUGCCCGACCCAUCGCAGAGACACCUGGACCACGCGCGCAAGGUCUAAUCAAUGUCUUCAACCAAGCCUCGAAAGCCACUCUAGACAAGUGCUCGGCCAAGAACUUUGCUUCGUGCUUCCCCACCGCCGCGCAAUAUAGCCCAGAGGUUCUGGAUAAUCUGAGGGGCCAGAUCGUUGACCAGCUUGAUCGAACAUGGAAAAGCAACUUUGAGGAUAUCAUGGAGAGGAGGAAUGUGGUUAAACUGCUCAACUCUCUGGAUCAAUGUAUAGAAGAUGCAAGACUACGGAAGAAACGUGCGGAAGAGAGCGCAAACGGAGGACCCGUGGAGACGCCUGUGCCACCUCACACCCUUUCGCCUGCCGAGAUCCACCUGGCCCAUCUCAUGCCCUUCCUUGAGAAGCAAGCCACCGCCAUGAACACCAAGCUUGUCGAGACGCAACAAGCCAACACGGAGCUGCUAUCGACCGUCACGGCGCAGCGUGCGGAGAUUGAGUCGCUAGUCAGAGGGUUGGAGAACGUUAUAAAAGAUCUGGAAGCCAGUGCGCAGACAAUGGCUCAAGAUGAUGUGCAAGAUUUGAGCAAGGAGACGAGGGAUUUGGAAAUGGCGAUGCGAACAUGA